GCUCCUGGAUCCUUGAGGGAGUCAGCUAGGCCCCCUCCUCCUUCCCCACGCUGCCUGUACCCCAGAGUCAUGCUCAGGGCUGGAAAGGUCCACCACGAAGCCCUGCCCCUUCUCUCCCUGCUCCGACCCCUGUGCUGCGGCUGGUCCAGCAGAUGGCCAAUGAAUGUCAGGCUUAGGGAGACAGUCUUCUCCUUUGGGCCAUAACUGGGAAUAAGUCUUAGGCAGAUGGUCUAGGAGCUCUUCACAAGGCCUCGUGGAAACUACCUGUUACCUAGGCCACCUUCGCAGCGUGACCAUGAGCUCAUUCAAAGUGUCUGCCUCAGCCUCCACUCCCCUUUGAUGAGCUCUCCACACGCUCAGAAUAUGUGAUGUCACUGAAGGCAUAAAUGGGUGGAGGGCGGGUGGAUAGGAGAGGCCACCAAGGUGUCCCCGCCCUGUGCACACUGUCUUCUGAGCCAGACCCAGCCCUGACUCUGGGACUCUCUCCGGCACCUGUUGGAAGACCCCUGACGUCGGGUUCAACGAGCCUCAAGUUCAGAUCCAGCCCCCCUGAGUGUCCCUGAGCUGGUCACAGACCCCUUCUGAGCCUCUGUUUCCUUUUCCACGAACCGGGACCCUCGUCGUCCUGUGCGGCCAGAGUGGUGAGGGGCGAUGCUGGUGGCCAUGGACACCAGCCAGAGGGCUGGCCCAAGCGUUGCCAGCGACAAGGACAGGGACCUGCAGGAGCUGUUGCAGGAACUCGGCCAGCUCCAGGCAAAGCAGAGGAAGCUGAAGAGAGAGGUCGAGAAGCACAAGCUUUUUGAAGACUAUCUGAUUAAGGUCCUUGAGAUAAUCCCUAAGGGCCACAAUGAAGGGGAGGAGCCAGAAGGGCCAGACGAGGCCCUGGUGGGGGCCAUGGUGGAGCACUAUGGGCAGCUCUUCACGAUCAGCCAGGACAUCCAGGAGCAUCUGGAAGCCUUCUCCAAGAUGAGCCAGGUCUUCCACCAGAGGCUGGAGUCUCUAGAGGAGAGCCACAGGGCUCUUAUCCCGACCCUCAAGAUUCGGCUGUGUCAGCUGCAGAAGCGAUGUCAUCAUGAGUGGAAGCUGUGGGGGUUGGGACACCGUGUCACCUCCCGGAAGGACAUGGACAGCUAUAAUAACCAGCUGCUCAACGACCUGCAAAGGAUCAUCAACAACAUGGUCCGGCAGUGCUCCUCCUCCGCCCACCGCUCCGCCUCCGCCCACCGCGCGCCUGAGAGCAUGGGCCUCUUCUCGAAGCUCGACCUAAUUCAGGAAUUUAUGUUGGACAAAAUGGAGACAGUGAAAUUUAUCUCACUGCUCAUGGAACCCAGAGUAUGCCGGUCAGGGGACCGUCUCAAGAACCCCAGAAGAUACUCCAGCUCCUUCAGGAAAUGCCCAAGGAAUCAAGAUUCAGUCCCCAGAACUCCCCUUCCGGGCACCCAGACUUCGGAGCGCUCCAGCUCCAGCUGAGCCAGCCAGCAGCCACGCACGCCCCGUCAGCAUCAAGACCAUCUUCUUUCAUGUCCAGCCUCUUA